UUCAAGUGGGGAAGCCAAGAGAGGCUCUGUUCCUUUAGGGAAUGCAAGGAAGAUCCCCUUCCCUGGCUCCCUCAGCAUCACUAGGGCUCCCCAGGAGAUCUGGACACAGGCAACUCCAAAGACAGCUGAAGGGAACCAUGACCACCCUUUCUCCGGAAAACAGCCUCUCUGCAAGGCAGUCAGCCACCUUCAUCCUGGAGAAGAGAAAACCCCCAAUUGACAAGACGGAAUGGGACAGCUUCUUCGAUGAGAAUGGUCACUUGGCCAAGUCUAGGGACUUCAUUUGUGUUAACAUCCUGGAAAGGGGCCUACACCCCUUCGUGAGGACGGAAGCCUGGAAAUUCCUCACAGGCUACUACUCAUGGCAGAGUUCCCGGGAUGAGCGGCUCAUGGUGGACAGCAACAGAAGGAGGAACUACAAAGCCUUGUGCCAGAUGUACGAGAAAAUCCAGCCCCUGCUGGAAAACUUGCAUGGGAACUUCACAGAGACUAGGAACAACAUCGCAUAUGACAUCCAGAGACUCUAUGACAAAGAUCCCCUGGGCAAUGUGCUUGUGGACAAGAAGAAACUGGAGAAGACCCUGCUGCUGAGUUAUGUCUGCAACACGAAGGCUGAGUACCAGCGAGGCUUCCAUGAGAUGGUGAUGCUCUUCCAGCUGAUGGUGGGGCACGAACAUGAGACCUUCUGGCUCUUCCAGUUCUUCCUGCAGAAAACAGAACACAGCUGUGUCAUCAACAUCGGGGUGGGCAAGAACCUGGACAUGCUUAACAGUGUGAUCACUUUGCUGGACCCUGAAUUUGCUGAACACCUCAAAGGGAAGGGCUCAGGAGCUGUACAGUCUCUCUUCCCCUGGUUCUGCCUCUGCUUCCAGCGUGCCUUCAAAUCCUUCGACGAUGUCUGGAGGCUCUGGGAGGUCUUGCUGACAGGGAAGCCCUGCAGGAAUUUCCAGGUGCUGGUGGCCUACAGCAUGCUACAGAUGGUGCGUGAGCAGGCCCUGGUGGAGAGCAUGAGCGGUGAUGCCAUCCUCCUGGCCUGCAACAGCCUCAUUGACCUUGAUGCUGAUGAGCUGAUCUCUGCUGCUUGCAUGGUUUAUGCCGAGCUCAUGCAAAAGGAGGUUCCUCAGCCAUUAAAGGAUUUCUUUCUCUGAGAACGCCAACACUCACAAUGGACACAUGCCCUCAAUGGACUGGAUGAAGGCAAUUCUUCAACCAUGCGGUCAGGGUCAAGUUCAAUGAGUAUUGGGAUGAGGGCAUAGACAAUACAACACAUGGAAACAGUCUUUGAA